ACAAAAUGGCGACAGCAGCGAAAGCGUCGGACUCUAUACAUGACUUCCCAUGUUUUCCUUGCUCUGAAGACUGUAAGAAUACUGAGGCAUUGUUCCAGUGCGACGAAUGUCAAACAUUUUAUUGUCAGAGAUGUUUGGAUUUUCACAGCAAGUUCAUCAAGAAUCACACCAUACUGGAUGUAACGGCAACGAAGACCAAACAAUUACACAAACGUGGACCUGAAUCAACUCCGCCUGUAUCAUCAACAGAUGUGUGCGAGUACCAUCACGGAAAAGUGAUAGAAAUGUACUGUGAGCUGCAUGAUGAAGUGUGUUGUACUGUUUGUAUCGCAGUGAAACAUAGGUCAUGCACGGGAGUGGAAUAUAUACCAACAAUCGCCAAAACUCUGCUGCGGGGAAAAGACACAGAUACAAUGAAGUUAAAUCUAAAUGAAGUUACAAGGGAUCUACGAGUCCUUAAAUCCAAGCAAUCUGCAUUCUUGACACAGUUGAACCAGCAACGUGACAAAAUAGUCAAUGAAAUACAGCAGUUCAAUGAAAAAUUGAUGAAAAAAAUCAAAGAAGUAGAAAGAUCUUCCAUUGCAGAAGUCGAAAAAAGAUGCAAGGCCAUAACAGAUGAUAUGAAUCACGAUAUUAAGAGGGUUGAUCAGAUGCUAAAUGAUGCUGAGACACAGCUCGGAAAAUUUACGCAUGCCGGAUAUGGUGAUAAUGCUACACUGUUCAUUAAUUUGAAGCUUGCAGAACGACAUAUGUCCCAAAGAAAAGACUGCAGAACUGAGCUCUUUGGUAAACCAUUGGAAAGAAUAGACUAUACGCUAAAUCCGAGCCUUGAAGCAUAUGUAAAGCACGUUGAAGCUAUGGGACACUUGAAGGUAUCACGUCGAACAGUCACUCCAUUUGUGAAUAUUCUCGUUCCAAAUCCAUACAAGGCUGUUGCGUCCCUCAAGGCUUCAAUACAGUCAGAUCUUGCUGCUGUUGGAAUACGUUCCAAAUUCAUCCAGCCUUUUCAAACCAACGCUGAUGUAUACACGGUUGUCAUAAUUUCUGACAUGAGCGACCUUAGCGAACUGCGCUUUGAAAGAGAACGUCAUUGGAAGAUGAUAUUACUCAAAGUGGAAGAAAGUCGUUCCUGGGUAGAUAAAUUUAGUAGUUUAAUGACAGUUCCAACUGGUGAUGAAAUACUCCGUUUUCUAAACUGGGCGAAUGUUGCCGCUAGAACAUCCAUACAUUUCACAUACAAUUCUGUAUGGAACAAGUACAUCUUCAAUCAGUCGGAUAAAGCUUGUGCCAUGAAGAUGGUGGCAGAGACAAUAGAUAAUUAAACCAUGCACACAGCAGUGGUUUGUACUUGAAUGCUUUCAAAGGAUCGUUCAACCUUAAGAAGAUUGUCCUAGAAUUAUCAUUAUCAUUAUUGAUUUGUAUACUAGCGUAUAUAUAUAUGUGUCUUUGUAAUAACAAAUCACUCAUUAAACUUUACAUCAUGUCUAUCAAAAAAAUGUAAUAUAAUUAUAUCCGAUUAAAUUGCAAAUUGCAACUCGUGUCUAUCAAUGAAGCUGUGACAUUAUUAUAUCCGAUGUUUGAUUUAAAGCAUAUAUUAACCUUUCUCAGAAAUUAGAUGUCUAAUUAUUUCAAAUCAAAGGAUACAUGUGAAAUAGUACAACAUUUUGCUUACGAAAUUUAUCACCAACUGUAAUUUGUUGUUGAAUAGAAGCAUUGUUUUUGAGUUCAGGCGCGAAGGAUUGUAUCACGAAAAGACCAGGAAAAGUAUAAUAAGAAUAUGAGCGACAAGCAGUGAUUCUAUUAAAGAGAAAAAAAUCACCGUAUUUCGAUUCGAACACGAUAUCAAGGAUUAUUGUCUACAUCAUCAAAUAUAUGCUUGCUUUGUGUGGUUUUCUGUUCUAGCGCGCCGCUAUGCUGUUGACGCUGUGACGUGAACGGAAAAAUAAAUUUAGUUGUGUUAGAAUUACAAAGAAACAUAGAAGUACGUGAACAUAUACCUCUAUUUGCCUGUAAUAAUUAUUUUUUUUUUUGUAAUUUCAUGUUGAAGUACGACAAUGUUUUCUUUUGAUUCUAGAACUAUUACAUUUGAUAUAUAUAUUCAAUGUUAAAUGCAUAUGUUAUGUAUUAAAUAUGGUGUAUAGAUGUAGCGGUGUGUUAAUCAGAAUGCCAUUGGAAAGUAGGUUAAAUUGCAGAAAUGGUGCAGAGCUGCGUUGACAGCUAGGGUAUUUAAGAACACAAAUGAGUAAUGUGAAUCUGGUUUUGUUUUUCAGUUUUAAUGGUAGAUAUUUGCUUAAGACUUCAGUUAACUCGUCAUUUAGCUAUGUUAACUACAAUGUAGUACCGUUUGUAAUAUGGAAUAUGUAAUGUUGAGAAUACAAAUACAUUUUAUUGAGUGCAAGAUGAUAGUUUAAAGGUUAUAAACCUAAAUUGUGCAUAUACGUCAUUUGUAUUUUUGUGUACUGCGAUUACAUGUUUAAUAUAUUUGUAUAAUUUUACAGAGGUAGCUGGUUGAACCUGUGUCGAUAUUUGUACUCAACCUGUAAGUAUGUCAAAAGUGCGCAUCUUAGACAGUUGUGCGUAAUUAGUUUGUGUGUUCCACUGGCACCAGAACAGAAAGAAAAUGCCUCUGUACAUGUUAUACCUUACCCCUAGGUAUUCUAUAAGAACCAUGGUCAUGAAGGGGAAAAUUUACUAACCCGUUUCAAUCGCGCAUUUCAUACUUAAAACACGCAGUUCGGUAAAUGUGUACUAUGGAUAUCAAACACGUGGUGAUUUAUCUUCCAUUGUGUACCGGUCAAUUUCUUCAAUACUUCUUAUCUUAAAAGACCGGAUGUUCAUUAGGGAAGGUCAAGCAAGUUUUUUUCUGUAACGUUGACGAAAGCAUAAAAUAUGUUGAUAAUCUCAGCAAUAUGGAAUAUUGAGACAAGGUGACUGGUGCACGAUGGAAGAUAAAUUAUCGCUUGUUCAAUAUACUAGGUAUCCAUACACCGAACUGCGCGUUUAAGUUGAGAAAUUUACGAUUGAAACGGGUUAGUAUAUUUUCCCGUUCAUGACCAUGGUUCUUAUAGAAUACCUAGGGGUAGGGUAUAACAUGUACAGAGGCAUUUUCUUUCUGAUCUGGCGCCAGUGGUGUGUUCCUUCUGCAUGCAUAUUUUUGUGUAUAUUUAUUACUUCUUUGUUAUAAAUGCGUUCGUUUGUGUUUCGGUGUACAUACGUUCAGUGUACGUGUAUACAGUUAAAAAUACACAUAUUUUCCUGUGGAACACUGUAUGGGUGGCUGCGUUCUUUGAAUGUGAGUGUUCCUGUGAGUGUUCCUGUUGGACUUUUGUCCUUAUUGUUUACUUCCCUUGAUGAAAAUCCAUACUCAAACAAUUUGUUUUAUCAGAAAUAAGUCCACGAAGAUCAUGAAAAGUAGCUUAUGGUAUUCAGGUACACUUCAAUCAUCUAAAUUAAUAGUUUUGAAAAUGAGCUCGUUUCGAAAAAAAAAGCAAAACAUUAACAUAAUAGUCUAUGCGCUUAGGUUGAUAUGUCCAGAUAAAUUAACUCUAAACAUAAAUGUUUGUAUGUAACAUGAUAGUACUGUACUAAUGUAUCUGUAGCGAUUUGGUUGAUUUUAAAUUUUGCGCUACAGUAGUUCUAUAUUUAAAUAUAAUCUCUUUUAUCAGAUAGGUUGUCUUAAAUAUUUGAACAUCUCCGAUUAAUUUUUCCGUGAUCAAGAUAAUAUUUGGGACAAUUUCUACAUUUCUUUAAUGUUUUGAGUGGAAUCAAAUAAUCAAAAAUAUAAAGAAAACAGAUGUGGAUGUAAAAUGUGGAACACGCAAAGUUAAAACGUUUUCAACCCACCAUUUUAGGAUCUCCAUUGAAAUGUUCACUAGUUUGCUCAACUGUCUGUCCGGCCUUAUUCUAAGCGUAUGAUUGUCUUUUAAAUGUAAAUGAUGUGGUAAUUUCAAAUACCGCUGAACAUCCUGUUAACCCUUGCCAAGGCGGACUUGAGUUAGGAAGACAAAACAUUGUUUCAUAAAAUGAAUCAGGGUUCCUGUUAUUUUUUAAAUAAACAAGGACAAACAAGAAAACUGCAUUCAAAGAAAUCAGCUGCACAUACAGACCCAAGAUGGAAAUAUGGAUUUAAAUGUAUACACGUACAAAGCGAAUGAAUACAUGUACACAUUAAUACAAAGAGGGCAAUGAUAAUAACAUAGAAGUAGCAGUAAGUGGCGAAUACACCACUGAGUGGUUUGCUAAGGUUAUACUUUUUUCUAUAUUAAUUGUUACUUGUAUAUUGCUUUUCGGCAAAUGACAAUAGUUAUCCUUUUAUAUAACAAAAACGUUUUUAACUUUUAAGGUUAUUUCUUACUUGCUGUUAUUAUUAUUUACUUUCGCAUUUUGUUAAAAUAUACCUAAGCUUUAUGAUAUUUUAAAUGUUUCGGUAGGUUAGUUACUUUUGGUAAAAGAAACAUUUUAUCUUGAUAAAAAGACAAUUGAGUUAUAUUUGUAUCAACUUUUGAUUUAGAAGUUCAGCAAUAAUCUACAAACUCGAUGAAGCAUUCUUGUGCUUUUAUCAGGUCAUCCGAUAAAGGACAUAUUAAUAUUCCAAAAGCACUUUUUACUCUUUCUAGGUCGAAAGCGUAAGUUCCGUCUUGUCUUGAUACAAAGAAGGUUUUCAUAUCAUUGAAAAUAGAAAAUAGAGUAAAUAGUACAGUGAAUUUGUCUUUUUUUUAAACAUUUUCCGCAUUUGAAAUGAGAGAAACAAAAUCUAAUGCUUAAAGACAUAUUUGCUACGAGAUCAAUAAUGAAAAACAAUUCCCUUUUAGGCUUGCAGUUAAGAUUUACAUUUAUAUUCUGGGUUACGGCAGUUUUUAAUCCGUUAGUUAUAAAAUAUUUUCCUUGGAGAAAGAUCUAACACGUUUAUAGUUCUUUUUUUCGAACUCUUGGACGAAAUGUUAUCCUUUAAAGAGUGUUAAUUUGGAACACGUAAAAACCAAAUAUUACAUACUCGUCUACGUCUUGGGUGUACCUCUUUAAUUUUUGACCUACACAGGAAAAACAUUACUGAGAUCAGCUCUCUGCAGAUGCGGAGACCCUGAGACUGUUUCUCAUUUCUUGCUCCAGUGUCCUCUUUACACCAUGCAUAGACAAGAAAGCCUUGGCAAUCUCCCAUGUACUAAUACAGUUAACAAUCUCCUUUAUGGAGAUGAGCACCUCACGUUCGACCAAAGCAGUCAGGUGUUUCUAAAAGAGCAAAGCUUUAUAUCUUCUUCUAAACGAUUCGGUUAAUGACAUAGCCGGAUUUGUGGUAUUCGUAUUUUGGACUGGUGUCUAGAGCUGUUUUAGCCCCUCCUUUCUUUUCUUUUCUUUUCUUUUCUAUUGAUUUUAUUGUUCUAACUCAUUUCUUACAUUAAAUUUUUAUUUGAUAUUAGUAACGUGACAUAUACACACAUUUAAAAGAGUCAGUAUACUUAGGUUAUUUCUCAAGACGCUUUACCCCAAACAACUUCACAACUCCUGAAAAUUUAUUCAACGCAUAAAUUGAAUUAUCUCGUUACAAUGUUUAUUAAUACCAUACUGACCGUAACCUUGUACAUUUAUAGUUGUAAAUUUGUUUAUUGGAAAGGAAUUUACAAAAGCUAUCAGCUUGUUUUCCAAUCCAUGUAUUUGACGUGUAAAAAUUUGUUGUACAU